CUCCUCCUUUCCCUGCCCCCCUGUGUCCACAGCGACCCCAACCAGCCGGUGCCACAGGACACCAAGUUUAUCCACACCAAGCCCAACCGCUUCGAGGAGGUGGUGUGGAGCAAGUUCAACAGCAAGGAGAAGCAGUACCUGCACAUCGGCUUGAAGCCGCGCGUGCGCGACAACUACCGCGCCAACAAGGUGGCCUUCUGGCUGGAGCUCGUGCCGCACCUGCACAGCCUGCACACGGAGCUCUUCACCACCACCACGCGCCUCCCUCCCUACGCCACGCGCUGGCCGCCGCGCCCGCCCCCUGGUGCCCCCGGCACUCGCCGCCCGCCGCCUCCGGCCACCCUGCCGCCCGAGCCCGAGCCCGAGACGGGCCCCCGGGCCUACGACCGCUUCCCCGGGGACUCCCGAGACUACUCCACGGAGCUCAGCGUCACCGUGGCCGUGGGCGCCUCCCUCCUCUUCCUCAACAUCCUUGCCUUCGCCGCCCUCUACUACAAGCGGGACCGGCGGCAGGAGCUGCGGUGCAGGCGGCUCAGCCCCCCCGGCGGCUCGGGCUCCGGCGUGCCCGGCGGGGGCCCCCUGCUCCCUGCGGCCGGCCGUGAGCUGCCACCCGAGGAGGAGCUGGUGUCGCUGCAGCUGAAGCGGGGCGGGGGCGUCGGGGCGGACCCUGCGGAGGCCCUGCGCCCCGCCUGCCCGCCCGACUACACCCUGGCCCUGCGCCGGGCGCCGGACGAUGUGCCUCUCUUGGCCCCCGGGGCCCUGACCCUGCUGCCCAGCGGCCUGGGGCCACCCCCUCCCCCGCCGCCCCCCUCCCUCCAUCCCUUUGGGCCCUUCCCCCCGCCUCCCCCCACCGCUACCAGCCACAACAACACGCUCCCCCAUCCCCACUCCACCACUCGGGUAUAGGGGGCGGCUCGGGGAGGCCCCCCUCCCCGGCCCUCCCGGCCCGCUCAGAAGGCAGGGAGGAGGACUUGGCGACAGGCUUUUGUCGUGUGGAGCUGUCACACGUCGAGGAGCUUUAGGUGGACAUGGGUUUCCUCGCCGGGAUGUGUGCGCUUCUCCCGCGCGGAGUGGCCCGUUCUCUUCUCCGGACUUGGGCCUUUGAACAACUGGGGGGGUGUUUUUUCCCCUCCGUC